AUGGUGCCCAUGCAGUUCCACGCCAACCUGAAGGACAGAACCCCUUUUUCUCACAGGGUGGCCUUGUCCCCCAGGAUGGAGAAACACAGGGCUCUGUUCACCUACGAGGGCAACAGCAACGACCUGCGUGUGGCCGGCUCGGGAGAUGGUGGUCUGGAGGAGAUGGUGGAGGAGCUCAACAGUGGGAAGGUGAUGUAUGCCUUCUGCAGGGUGAAGGACCCCAACUCUGGCCUGCCCAAAUACGUCCUUGUCAACUGGAUUGGUGAAGGUGUCAACGACGUGCGGAAAGGAGCCUGCGCCAACCACGUCAGCACCGUGGCCAACUUCCUCAAGGGAGCCCAUGUCACCAUCAAUGCUCGGGCUGAGGAGGACGUGGAGCCUGAGCUCAUUAUGGAGAAGGUUGCCAAGGCCUCAGGGGCCAACUACAACUUCCACAAGGAGAGCAGCAAGUUCCAGGACUUGGGCCCCCAGGCUCCUGUGGGCUCUGUCUACCAGAAGACGAACGCAAUGUCAGAAAUCAAGAGGGUCAAUAAAGAUCAUUUCUGGGCCAAAGCUGAGAAGGACGAGGAGAACCGGCGGCUGGAGGAGCAGCGCCGGGCGGCGGAACGGGAGCAGCUCUGCAGAACCAGAGCCUGUGAGAUGGAAGCCCAGAAGUGAGUCCCCAGAGCUGUGGUGGAAGUUUGGACCAGCUGGGCUGGUGAGCUCAUUCAUCUGGUGUCCUCCAAAGAUGGGGCAAGCGUCUCAGAGGCAGAGAAUGAUGGAAGGGAGGCUGCUGCCCUGGUGGCCCAGCGAGCUGUCAAUCCCCGGGACAUCUUCAAACAGAGGGAGAAGUCGGGGACAACGGGAACAGGGACGGGGUCCCAGCCAGGCAAACUCCGCAGCCCAUUCCUGCAGCAGGAGCAGGUGAACUCCGUGCCCAGCCCUGUCUCUCCUGCCCAGGAUGCCCCCCAGGGUUCUGGGGCCUCGAGGUACCAUUCCAGCCUCCCAGCGUCCCACGGGCAAGAGGCAAAUCUGUAUGAGGAGCCACCAGAGCCCUCAGCCGUCUAUGAAGAACCUCCUCAGGAACAUGCCGACAAUGCCAAAUACGACUACGCAGUCGAGUACCAGGGGCCACCAGAGCUGAUGGGGAAGGGGCUCUGUGCCCGGGCACUCUAUGACUACCAGGCAGCUGAUGACACCGAGAUCUCCUUCGAUCCCGAGAACAUCAUCACCAACGUCGAGAUGAUCGACGAGGGCUGGUGGCGCGGCUACGGCCCCGACGGCCACUUUGGCAUGUUCCCAGCCAACUACGUGGAACUGAUCGAGUGA